AAAUGUUUUUUCUAGAUAGAUAUACAAAAGCAUUCGAUGAAUAUCAAACUAUUAAGCUAUAUACGGUUGCACGUGUUUUAUACGUCGCACGAUACCUCAUCAUUUAUGCACUAUCUAUGUACUAUGUUAUUAUUGCACUUAAGAUAAAUGAAAUUUUCACACGAGGGAAUGAAAACAAGAAAAGGAACGAUGCUUUCAGUUGUCACUUCCUCAUCGUGUUUGCUUCUUAACGGCUUUCCCAAGUCUUCCAUUUAAUUCUUCGAACGAUCGUUAAAAAAACUUAUCCUCAAUUGCCACUUCGAAAAACAUAAAAUUAUUCAAUCAAGAAACGUUGCAAAAAUGAUUCUACCGAUAUACCUGUUAACCCUUCAACAAAUGAAUUAUCUGUACCACUUGCCGAUCAUCGAGCGAUCCGUCAAAGAUCUUCUGGACACGAGCCAAUUUUUAAACGUUUUAUUCGUCGUUCAAAAUUCUCUCAGCUGUGAUCCGUUGGACGAUCUCGAGUUAAUCGGCGAGAUCUACAAAACCGUAUCGCGUGCCAUACCGACCAAUUUCCUUUCCUUCAACGAUUCGAUCCCGAUCGAAUUACCAGAUAUCGACGCGACCGAGUCGACGCUUAUCUUAUACUCGUACGUGGCGAAAGAAUUCCCGGAUCGCCGUCGAACGGAGGAUAUCGCGCGUUUCAUAGAGCACUGCCAGAACAGAUCGAAAGUAUUGUUGAUAACCAAGCUCGAGGAGAGAAACUGCAACUUCGAGGCAUUCUUAAAGCAGAUCUGGUACGACGAGUUGAUCGACAUGGCGGUAUUAGAGUUAUCCGAAUCCGACAAACGCUCUAUCGCCAUGAACGUUCAUCGAUACAAUCCUUUCACCGACAUAUACGAUCGAACAUCCUACCCCGCCUCAACUCUCGACUGGUUUCCCAACAAGAUGAUCGAUUUGCACGGUUACCCGUUCCGCGCCACCAUUUUGGAACGAGAAGGAUACGUAAAUCUGACGGUCGAUUCGAGAACCUAUCCCAUCAAGUACAAGGGGCCCGAUGUGAAUCUCCUACACACGCUUGCACGCACCAUGAACUUCACCGUUGUGAUGAUGCCCAACAACGACGCACUUACGAGCUUGAUGAACGGCAACUUGGACAUCAUAAUACCGAAACUAGCGUUGUUUCCCGACCCGCGUUUCGACUUGCUAGACCACACGUUGCCCUACGAGUACGAGAAGUGGUGCCCUGUUGUACCGAUCACGUAUAAAGUCAACACUCUCGAGUUACGAGCUUUCGCCGCUAUAAUCGCUAAUAUCGCGAUCCUCCUCGCGUUCUGGGCCAUAUCGGUCCUGUUGAAGUUCGAGAAGAAAUUGUGGCAACCGUUGAAGAUAUUCGGGAUCUUGAUCGCGGCUAGCGUAUCGGUAAGGCCGGGCAAAACGUCGGAGAGGAUCGUGUUCUUCGUCGUCGUGUUGGCAUCGAUGAUGUACUCUGCCAAUCUUUACGUCGAUUUGACGACCGUGAGCAUGGCGGACACGAUGGAGACCGAGUACAAGAGUUACGAAGAUCUGGACGAAUCUGGAUUGACUCCUGUCGUCCUUCACAUGAUUUUCAACGUCACUUUCUUCACAGACAACCAAGCCUUUAAUUCGUUGAAGAGGAAGGCAAUUCCCGACGAGGACAUGGAAAAUUGCACCGACGUUUUGUCUCGAUACAGAAACGUAACCUGUUUCAUGGAGUUGAGAGGGAUAAACGCGUUGAUUUACUCUCAGGCAAAGAAGGAUGCGGCCACUAUGAAGGUGUGCAGAAAUUUGUGCUACGCCGAACCACACGCGACGUAUUUUCUGAGGAAGCGAUCGCCGUUCAGGAGCAAAUUCGACACGAUCAUAUCGAGGUUGGAGGCGGCAGGUAUUCGUAAGAAGUGGCAUUACGAUUUCAUAGGGAAAUUCUUUCCUAAAAAGGCGCGCGCUGUUAAACGAAAUUUAUACGAAUCGUCGCUCGUGUGGAAUUUGAUUUACAUAGGGGUGAUUGGAUUCUUAUUGUCGAUCGUGGUAUUUUUUGCUGAAAUUAUCGUACACCACGCGCACAACGGCAAAAAAAGGAAAAACGAUCGAGCGUGAAAUUAUAUAUAUAUA